AUGCGAUCAGAAAAUCUAGACCGAUGGGAGUCAGAACGUGAGCUUGCUGCUGGAUCUUGUCUCGUCAGUACUAUGCGUCGAGCGAGUCAGCUCGAAAGUCAGGGGGUACAGAAGACCAAGCGCUUCCUGAUUCGUGGCAGCCCGAGGGGCAAACAUGCCGCAAAGGUUUGGCACAGAAGACAUACGCCUAGACUAUCGCCUCGAGGCAACCGUCCUGGCGGUGUCCACGAAUCGAUGGAUGUGUGUUUGCACUCCAGAGAGGUUUCGGUCGGCCAUCAUGGUGGAGCAAGGGCCGGAACCAGUCUCGACUUUGGCGUCACGAGCCGCGGUAUUUGUGGAGUGGCGAGGCACGUCAUGCCGCUGUCUUUCACCAACCCAUAA